ACUCAUUUGGCGCUCGCUCCGGGCUGUGACGCGUUGUUUUAUUUAAUUUUUUUUUAAACUCUCUCGUUUCUCUCCGGAUAUUCACCCGAGACUCACCUGAGCGCGAGGAUGGGCACUAAACACGUGACCUGCAGGUACUUUCUUCACGGCGUGUGCAGGGAGGGCAGUAACUGUCAUUUUUCUCAUGAUGUUCAGAACAGUUCUCCGUCUCUGGUUUGUCGUUAUUACCAGCGAGGAGCGUGUGCCUACGGAGACCGCUGCAGGUAUGACCAUGUCAAAGCCACGCCCAGAGGGGGAGGAGCCAGUGCCCAGACCGCCACAGGGGGCGGGGCCUCAGGUCAGAGGAGUGUUUUGUCCGUCGGCUCGUCGGCGCCUCCUGCCGUGUUUUACCCCCCACAGUCGUACGUGGAGGCAACAAGGACCGGACUGCACCCCCCAGUGGCUCCAGACUCCGCCCCCUUGUGUCCUUAUUUGUUGACGGGGGAGUGUCGCUAUGGUGACGAGUGUGUGUAUCUCCACGGCGACCGCUGUGAGGUGUGUGGCCUCCACCUGCUGCACCCGACGGACGCCGCGCAACGCCGCGAGCACGAGAAGUUGUGUCUGUUGGAGUUUGAGGCCGACAUGGAGAACGCCUUCAACGCCCAGAUGAGCCAAGACAAGGUGUGCUCGAUCUGUAUGGAGGUGGUGGUGCAGAAGCUCGGCCAAUCAGAGCGCCGGUUUGGGAUCCUGUCGUCGUGUGACCACGUGUUCUGCCUCAGCUGCAUCAGGAAGUGGAGACACGCCCCCUUCGCCAACGACGUCGUCAAGGCGUGUCCGGAGUGUCGGGUUCCGUCAGAGCUUGUGGUUCCGUCCGUUCACUGGGUGCAGGACCCGGCGCAGAAGGACCAGCUGGUGGCGCUGUUCAAGAACGCAGUGAGUAAAAAGCCGUGUAAGUUCUUCCUGGAGGGUCGGGGGACGUGUCCGUUUGGAGACCGAUGUUUGUAUCUACACCAAGACCCGUUUGGACGAAGACCAGGACCAGAGCGAGUCCGGAAACAGCUGGGACCAGAGGGGACCGUCAGGUUCAUGAAUAACGUUCGUCUUUGGGACUUUAUCGAGGAGAGAGAGACUCGCACGGCCCCGCCCACUGAUGACAUCACCCCUCAACCCGACGACAUCAUCACGGCCCCACGUCAUGACAUCGCGGCGGCGGCGGCGACAGCGGAGGAGGAGGAGGAGGAGCUGAGCCGGAGUGUGCAGCAGCUCUCCACCACAGACACAUAAUAAAAGAAGAAAAACAAAACGACAAACGCAAAAUCAGACUGUUCAGAGGUCAGAGGGUCAGAGGUCAGGGGGUCAGAGGGUCAGAGGUCAGAGGUCAGGGGGUCAGAAGUCAUAUCAUCUGUGAUCAUGUGACCAGGAAACAUGGAAAUAUGAAAUACUUUGUCUGACUUUAUGACACUAAUAAAAUCUAAAAGUGUUUGAGACGAGUGUGACGCAGUGUGACGAGUGUGUGUGA